AUGUCGAUAAGGGACGAUCAGAACGAGCUUAUGAGGCUAGUCGAAGCUCUAGCAGCCAAGAAGCCCCCUUCAUUCGGUAAAUCGAACGAUGGCUUGCAUGAUGCUCGAUCCAACAAGUACUGGACAAAUCUUCUACCCAAAUCCACAAAGAAUAGAUUCCAAAAGGCGGGCAUUGAUACAGAAGGUGGAUAUCCAGCAUUUCCAGCACAGGACGACAUUCCGAAAUUCUUGGAUGAAGCCUUCAGUGUCCGCGACAAGAUAGAGCCGUUUACAGAUCGUGGGACCUUUGCAAGACCUGACAAGAAGGCCUUAUUUGAUGCUGCUUUGGAAGUAAGAGAUCUUACGAAGCAUAUAGGCACUGAAAUCAUAGGCUUGCAAUUGAAGGACCUCACCACUGAGCAGAAGGACGAUCUAGCCCUUCUAGUUGCAGAGCGUGUCGUUGUAUUUUUCCGAGGUCAAGAUUUGAGUCCACAGCAACAGCUAAGUUUAGGAGAGCAUUACGGUCGUGUUGAAAAACACCCACAGGCUCCUUUCGUACCACUUCCUUCAUCACGAAAUGAACCUUAUGCUCAAGGAAGUGGUGUUUCAAUUAUUUGGUUGAAGUUUCUUAAGGAUUUUUAUGGGAUACGCAAAGGCUUUCGCUUCAAUAAUUACCCUUGGCACACAGACCUUGUCCAUGAGAGGCAACCUGCUGGACUCACUCACUUGCAUCUUGAUCUGAUUCCCUCUACUGGAGGCGAUACUGUUUGGUCAUCAGGGUAUGCUGCUUACGAUAAAUUGUCCUUUGCCAUGAAACAAUUUCUUGAUGGGAAAAACGCUGUUUAUUGUUCAGGUCAUGCCUACAUUGAUCGCAAUGAUCCAUUGAGUGGACCAAAGUUUGUUGAAAGGGAGCACCCAAUCAUCAGGACUCAUCCAGUCACCGGUUGGAAAUCUCUUUUUGUUAAUCGAAGUAUGACCAGGCGAAUAGUUGGUCUAUUACCUGAUGAAUCUGACACCAUCUUGGGUUACCUCUUUUCGGUUUUCGAAAAUAACUUGGAUAUCCAAGUUCGUUGGUCUUGGCAACCCACACAAGAUGGUUUCGGAACUUCAGCUAUUUGGGACAAUCGAGUCUCACAACACUAUGCAGUUGGUGACUAUGAUGUUGAUGAGGAUGAAAGACAUGGUACGAGGGUGUCGACAUUGGCUGAAGUUCCAUACUUUGACAACAACUCAGUGUCUCAACGAGAAGGUCUCGGUUUGGAGUGA